AACAACCCUCGUUGGCGGAGGGCGCAGGCACGAAUAUUACCAUUUUCUUCCCGCCCGCAUCGCCGCCGCACUGUUGAAAAGGUCAUUUAAUGUCAAGAUCGAGACUGACCAGACAGUAGGAUGGAUUAUUAAAUUUCAGUUACUAUGAGUUUGUUUGUUGAUUUGCGCCAAAUUAAAACUUCAGUGACAAACCUUUCUGAAAUGGUGGACAAAAUAUCAACUUCUGUCUGUCAUGACAAGCGGAAGAAAAGCGUUGACUCUUCACUUUUUGGAAGUGUUUACAAGCCAGCAGGAACAUUAGGGAUUGGCGUUCGAUUUUCACAGAGCCAAGAAGAUAUAUUUGACAAAAUGCCAUCUUCUAGACUGAAGAGUCAUAUGUCUUUACCUAAUUUGGGUAAGACUCACAGUUACGAGAAAAUACCAGGCUCUAGAAAUGAUGAUCACCCAAAAAUUAUUGAAAUCGACGAUGAAAAGACUGAAAACACGGAUGAUACUGUUAUUCAAGUGUCCAAAGAAACUUUAAACAAUUUCAUAAUUGCAUCCAUUAACAAGAAACCAUUCUUUGAUGACAGCGGUGAUAUUCAUCCAAUGGACUUCGUCGAAAAUUUAAAAUACUACAUAUCUGAAUUGAGCAUACCAAACGAUAAGCAACUGACUUUUAUCAUAUCAUGCCUCGGUGGCCUGCCGCUUAUGUGGGCUCGUUGUUUUAAAAGCGAAUUCAAAGAUACAAAUACAUUUUACAAAGCUUUUGAACAAGAAUUUUGGAGUUCAGAUAGGCAGAAGAGUAUCCUUUACGAUAUGAAGCUCGGCAAAUACGACGAAAAUCAGCGUAUGAGUAUGUCCGAGUAUUUUCUGUGCAAAGUGUCGAAUUACAAGCAUUUAGUGCCGCCUCCAUCGGAUUUGGAAAUCAUUUACUCUCUGGCUGCUCAUUAUCCAUCAGCUGUUGAGUUAGAACUACGCUUAACACCAAAACCAUCGUUACGUGAGACCUACGGUAUGCUCCGACGUAGAGAAGGGGAAGGAAGUGAUACGUUACCCAAUUAUUUAUAUGAGAUGUGCGAGUCUUUUCAGCGAGGACUUCGCCCGGACUCAGGGCGACGUUCUGAUAAUCCAAGUCAGUCAGCUGACGAAACACGUAACACAAAUUAGGAAGAGCUACAUUAAGGUGCAUACAAAUUAUGCGCGCCAAACCAUCGAACAUUGCCGUGCUUGAACGAGCCGUGGCGCGAACAGCUCGCUGUAGGUUUUUGAGACCGCAUCAAAGGAGUUUCCGUCGUUCACUCGUGCGUACUUGGGACGGUUGUAGUUUUGGUGAAUUAUCUAGCACGGGAAAUACGUAAAAAUGGACAAUUAACAGUUAAAUUGACUGUUUUGAUGCUCGAAAAAGAGAUUGCAGGCUGGUAACUACAAUAAGGAGUCUCCAGGUGCCAGAAAUUUUAAAGUUAUUGCUAAUUUGGUUUAGAAGAAUGAACUUGUCUGACGAAUAUGCGCCGGUAUUCGCGUUCAACUAAAUUUAUUUCAACAUAUUGGCUCGAGCAGCUGCCGCGCGUAAUUUGUACGCACCCUUACAUACACU